GGCGAGAGGACGUCGGCGGUGAUGUCGGGGUUUGUGUUCGGCUCCCUCGCUUUCCAGCACCUGAACUCCAACGCCGACACGGCUGUUGAUGUUUUAGAUUUCUACUUUGGAAAACUGCCUCCUCUUACCCUUGGGGGCCAUCUCCAGUCGUCCUGAUCAAUAUCUUACCACUGGAUCCAAGUGGCUUUGGAGGAGAAAGUGAGGCUGGUGACUUUUGCACAGCUCUCCCUCACCUUGCUCAUAAGGCAUGCAGGAAGGUUUUCUCCUUGGGGAGGUGAAAGGUGAAGCCAAGAACAGUAUUACAGACUCUCAAUUGAAUGAUGUUGAAGUUGUUUAUACAAUUGACAUACAAAGGUACAUUCCAUGCUAUCAACUCUUCAGCUUUUAUAACUCAAUAGGUGAAGUAAAUGAGCAGGAGCUGAAGAAGAUCAUCCCAUGCUGCAAAAAGAAUGUUAUGGGAUGGUACAAAUUCAGACGUAAUUCAGACCAAAUGAUGACAUUUCGAGAGAGGAUUCUUCACAAAAAUUUACAAGAACAUCUUUCAAAUCAGGGCCUUGUUUUUCUGUUACUAACACCAAGCAUAGCCACAGAAAGCUGCUCCACUCAUAGGUUGGAUCAUGCUUUACAUAGACCUCAGGAAGGAGUUUUCCAUAAAGUGCCUUUAGUGGUGACCAACUUAGGUAUGUCAGAGCUACAAGGAUAUAAGACUGUGUUGAGUUCCUGUAUAUCCACUAUCUUUGGCCGAACAGUCCGUGCACGUAGGUCAGAGUUUUUUAAUGAAGAUGGAACUUUAAAAGAGGUCCAGAAGAUAAGCGAACUCUAUGGCACUAUACAAGAGGAAUUAAAGGAAAUAUGCACUCAAGUGUUAGACAGUGAGCAAUUAGUAGAAAAAUUAAUAAAGGAUAUACAUAGACUAAAAGAAGAACUUGCAGCAAGAAAGAGAGCCAAGACUGUAGUAUCAGCAGUAACAAACCGUGACUUGGAAACAGAAGAGAAUGUUCUUCUUUGUCAAGCUUUACGGACAUUUUUCCCAAAUUGUGGAUUUCUUCAUUCAUGUAUUGUCUGUUUGAAAGGCAGGCAGAUUUCUAGAAACUGCUGUAACACUGACCACAAACUCCAUCUAGUGAGUGAAUUAACUUUGAUGCUGGAAAGCCCUGAUUUUCCAGAAGAUGAUGAAACAAGAUGUGGAGUUAAGCGUAAAUCUCUUGACUUAGAGAACCAAAGACCACUCAAGAAAGCACGACUGUUACAAAUUCAUAAUCAGUCUCUUAAAAGAGAUCAUGAAAACAAUGAUCAGGAAACAGAACUGACAAGCAGUAUAGAAACAGAUGAAGAAGCAGAGAAAUUGAAGGACAAUAUUGAAUAUCCAGAGUCACCAACUUUCUGAAUCUUUCAUACAAUUUUCCUGAUUGUCCCAAGUGACCAAAGGGCAACAGGGGAAAAAAAAUUAUUGUUUUAAAGUACUAAUUGGAUAAGUUCUAAUAAUUUUCUAAAGUAUUGCAUCAUAUAAAAUAUUUUGGAAACUUGUUAAA